AAAUUAAAUGGUUUGUUCCUAAAAGUUAAUAUAAUAUUAUGCAAUAUUUCAUUUAAUAGGUAUUGUACUAUUGUGUAUGUAUCAAGUAACCAUUGGCCAUUUAGCCAUUUAAUUUUUAGGACUAGGUAAAUACAUUUUUUAUGUCAAUCGUCUACAUUUAAAAUAAAAUAAAUAACACAUUUAUUAUAAUGCCACCUAUUUCUAAAACAUUUUUACCAUUAAAUACACAAGGAGGAAAUAGCCAACUGCCCAUAAUCGGAUUUGGCACGUACACAAUUUCUGAUAGAAAAACAAUAUUGAAUGUCUUAGAUGUAGCACUUGGCGCUGGUUAUCGUCUAAUUGACACUGCGGCAGUAUAUAACAACGAACAGUACAUCAAAGAAGCGCUUCAAGUAUUAUUACCAAAAUAUAAUUUGAAACGUGAAGAUUUGUUUAUUACAUCAAAAUUAGCUCCUAAAGACCACGGAGAUGAGAAAAUAGUAACUGCUGCUGUACAAAGGUCAUUGGAUAAUCUAGGUACCAGUUACUUGGAUUUGUAUUUAAUACAUUGGCCAGGAGCUGGACGCAUUGAUGCAAAAAGUCCUGAAAAUUCUAAACUUCGUAACUUAACUUGGAAGACACUUAUGAAGUUGCAUGACAAUGGCAAUGGUUCACUUAAGAAUAUUGGAGUAUCUAAUUAUACCGUAAAACAUUUAAAUGAAAUACUUGCUGAUCCAACUAAUAUUGUUCCUGCUGUUAAUCAGGUUGAAUUUCAUCCUUAUUUUCAACAAUCGUCUGAGUUUCAUAAAGUGUGCAAAAAUGCCAAAAUUGUUCUACAAGCGUAUUGUUCUAUGGGAGGAUCUGCUGGUAAAAAUUCAUUAUUAAACGAUGAAGUUAUAAAUCGUAUUGCCAAAAAACAUUCCAUAAGUGCUGCACAAGUGUUAUUGAGAUGGGCUAUACAAAGAAAUUAUGCUAUUAUACCAAAGUCAGUUACUGCAGAAAGAAUAAAAAUAAAUUUUGAUGUUGAAACUGAGCUCACUAAAGAAGAUAUUGAUGAUAUUAAUAAUAUCAAACACAAGGAAAAGUUUGCUUGGGAGCCUGAAGUCAUUGCAUGAUGCUGCAGAUAAUUUUUUUUAAUUGUUUAUUGUAAUAUUGUAAGCAACAUACCAUAAUACAUAACCAUAACCAUGACCACUUUGGUAUAGUAUUUUGUAAUGUUGUUUUAAUAUUAAUGGCUGAAUAGUCAAUCUGUUACUCUAUACCGCGAUUUAAAAUAAUCUUUUUUUAAGAUUAUCUUAAAUCGUGCUCUAUACAGUAAGUUAAACUCAAUGACAAACAAGUUAACAAUGGUGAUAGGGAUAACAAAUUAUGUUACUGUUAUAGUAUGAUAUCUUAUAAGUUUUAUCAAUAAGUUAACUGAUAAGUGAUAAGCAAUAUAGAUGAUCAAAACCAAUAAUACUAUUAUGAAAGGUAUUGUUUUAUAUUUUGUGUUAUUUAUAAUUGUAUAGUAUUUGGUUUAUUACAAUUUUUUAUUCACAGUGUAAUCCUAUUGAAAUUUAUUUAAGUAUGCUAAUCAUUAUUUUUUAAUAAAAAUAUUUAUUUUAACAUUAUUAAUUUUUGAUAUUAAAAAUCAUAUAAUUUGAUUUAUUUUUAAA